GGCCCUGAAUUCAGGAGGACCUGAGUUCAAAUCUAGCAUCAGACACUUAACAUUUACUAGCUGUGUGACUCUGGGCAAGUCACUUAACCCCAACUGCCUCACCAAAAAAAAAAAAAUCCCUGCCAAGAGGCCCUCUCAAGAAGGAGCAGAUGGAAGAAUGGAAGUAGCUCCCAGCUCUUAAAAGGAAACUUACAAGUGUCCAGAUAUGAAGCUGCUUCUGCCCCUCACGGGGCUGGUGGUGAUGCUGACUCUGCCUCAGGGCUCAGAGGGCACUGCCUCCACAGCAGUCGCUGGGAAGGUAGAGACCUCAGUGGUAGUGAGCUGCAUGGAAGAGGCCAAGCAACUUGUGGACAGCGCCUACAAACAGACCCAGGAAAGCUUCAAGCAGCGUCUUCGGAGUGAAACCGCAAGUCCCAUGGACCUCCUGGCUUACUUUAAGCAGCCUGCCGCUGGGACCAGGAUGGCCAUCCAAGCUGCCGACUACAUGCAUGUGGCCCUGAAUCUGCUAGAGGGGAAGCUUAAGCCCCAGUACCCAGGACCCUUCAACCUUACAGAUGUGCUGACCCCAUCCCAGCUGGACCUGCUGUCCAGUGCCAGUGGUUGUGCCUCUCAAGAGAAAGAAGUGAAAUGUGAUAAAAGGAGCAAAUACCGCACCAUCACAGGGAGAUGUAACAACAGGAGGAAACCUUGGCUGGGAGCAUCGAACCGAGCCUUGGCUCGCUGGCUGCCUGCAGAGUAUGAGGACAGACUCUCUCUCCCUUAUGGAUGGACCCCUGGGAGGAAGAGGAAUGGAUUCUUGCUGCCACUGGUCCGGGCUGUCAUCCAACCAGAUGUCCGCUUUCCUUGCUGGAGGGUCAACCUUGGAUCUGAAUAGGCGCGCUUUAUGUUCAUGCAAUGGGGUCAGUUCAUUGACCAUGACACUGGAUUUCAGCCCGAGUCUCAAGCCAAGGUGGCUUUCACCAAGGAGAUCGACCUGAGAUGAUGCUGUGCCCAGUACCCCUUGUUUCCUAUCAAGAUCCCACCAAGUGAUCCUCGGAUUUCUAAUCAGAAGGACUGUAUCCCCUUUUCCCGUUCUGCACCCUCCUGUCCCAGGAAGAACGGUGUCCUCCAACAGCUCAAUGCACUCACCUCCUUUGUGGAUGCCAGCAUGGUGUAUGGUAGUGAGGAUGCCCUUGCUGCCCGGCUCAGGAACACAUCCAACCAACUGGGGCUGUUGGCUGUUAACACACGGGUCCAAGAUCAUGGAAGGGACCUUCUGCCUUUUGACAAACUCCAAGAUGACCCUUGCCGACUGGCCAACCGCAGUGCUAGAAUCCGCUGCUUCCUGGCAGGUGACAGUCGAGCAAGCGAAACCCCCCAGCUAACAGCAUUGCAUACUCUCUUUGUGCGAGAGCACAACCGGCUGGCUAAGGAGCUGAAACAACUAAAUCCCCGAUGGAGUGGAGAGAAAUUGUACCAGGAGGCUCGGAAGAUUGUUGGGGCCAUGGUCCAGAUCAUCACCUACAGAGACUUCCUGCCCCUUGUUCUGGGUCGGGCCAGAGCCAGAAGAAGUCUGGGUCACUACCGGGGCUACCGACCUCGAGUAGAUCCUACUGUCUCUAACGUCUUCACCUUGGCCUUCCGUUUUGGUCACACUAUGAUCCAGCCUUUCAUGUUCCGCUUGGGCCAUCAGUACCAGUCCUUGGGAUCUAAUUCCCGAGUCCCUCUCAGCACUGUCUUUUUUGCUACCUGGAGAGUCGUGAAUGAAGGUGGAAUUGAUCCCAUUCUCCGAGGCCUCAUGGCCACUCCAGCCAAACUAAACCGCCAAGAUGAGAUCCUGGUGGAUGAACUCAGGGACAAGCUAUUCAGACAAAUGCGGCGCAUAGGAUUGGACUUGGCUGCUCUCAACAUGCAACGUAGCCGGGACCAUGGUCUCCCAGGGUACAAUGCUUGGAGACGCUUCUGUGGGCUCUCUCAACCCCAAACUUUCUCCCAACUUGCCCGGGUGCUGAAGAACAGCAAUCUGGCAAGGAAGUUCAUGCGUCUGUAUGGGACUCCUAAGAACAUCGACAUCUGGGUUGGAGCCGUUGCUGAGCCCCUUUUGCCUGGAGCCAGAGUUGGGCCCCUCUUGGCCUGUCUUUUAGGGAAGCAGUUUAGAAGAGCAAGAGAUGGAGACAGGUUCUGGUGGCGGAAUCGGGGCAUCUUCACCCAAAGGCAGCGCAAAGCCUUGAGCAGAAUCUCCUUAUCUCGAAUUGUCUGUGACAACACUGGCAUCACCACUGUCCCCCGGCACAUCUUCAAGGCCAAUAUUUACCCAAAGGGUUUCGUGAACUGUAGGAGAAUUCCCAAGCUGAACCUGUCGGCCUGGAGAGGCAGCUGAGGACCACAAGUCUGUGCAAGCCUCCUCCCUUGGCGGAAAGGAGUGGUGUGGACAGGACAGUCAGAGGCGUCCAGGAGGAGUACCCCUUUCUCCCUGUAGUCCCACUUCUUGCUGCUGCUUUCACUGGCUUCACUCUCAAAGCCAAGCUUACUGCUUGGGAUGGGCUGUAUGAGUUCACUGGGUACUGCGUGCCUACCCACCUCAGAUGCCUUCUGGUACCAAGCUCUCACCCAGGCUCCCAGAAUGCAUGGGCCUGGGAAGUCAUGUGGACUAUCAGCUAUGGACCCUCCACCUGCAGAAACCUGGGGGCUCCAGGCCAGAGAUGGAGUUGCAGUGGGCUCCCUGGCCCUGGAAUACAAAAGUCUCUUUUUCUAGAUUUUCAACUCAGACAUCUCACAGUCCCAGAGAACCCUGCAAGAUCCCUCCUUUGAGGCUAACACAGAUUCUUGGCCAGUGGACCAAGUGUUGCAUCCUGCUUCUGCCAAUAAAGCACUGCUGAAAGCA